AUGGGAUGCCCAAGGUCACUUCACAAAGAACAUUUACUGCAUGCUGGACCUGUCGUCGACGCAACAUACGCUGUGGCAACGCCCAGCCGACGUGCUCGCAGUGCUACGACAUCCGCCUUGUCUGGGUCGACCAAGAGACUGGGACCUAUCUUCCGAGGCAGCGGCGCCUCUACAGUUGCGACGCCACCUGGAAGGGGUAUCCUGGCUGAACAUCGAAACAAGUCGAUCAUCUCAUCCAGCAAUGCGAACUACGGCAAUGCCGAAUCAAUUGAUGACUCCAUCGAAGCCACCUCCGAGGAGGAACGGGAUAGAGAGCACUAUGGACUUUCGGUGACCCCAUCCGAAUGCCCAUCUAGCGAGGCCCGGGACUUCUGCAACCUUAGCAGCACCUCGGCCAGUGUCAGCGAGUACGACGACUUGGUACACGCAUCGGGUAGUGCAGAACUCGAUCUCUUGCCGUCUCCUACUUCUCAGGCUGACUUAAAUCUCGAGGGUCGACCGCGUCCAGAGAGAUGCAGGAGCUCGCACGGCAGAGGUGCUCGCAACUCUCGUACCGCCAAAUCGUCGACGUGGCUGGUUAAUCUCCUUCAUGAACCCUCAUCCAUGCUAGCUCAAACCCACGAUGAGAGUCGCCUCUUUCAUCACUACACAUCCUAUCUCUCAACACAGAUGGUCCCAAUCGACUCAGCACACAAUCCCUGGAGGUCUACGUACCCAGUCAUUGCGGCGCACCAAGCAUUAUCGUCCAAUCAGCGAAGCCGGUCUUUGUACCACGCGAUCAUCGCGAUGUCGGGUCUGCAUCUCGCCAACCUAAAAGGCUCGGAGCACGGCACGUACGAAGUGAUGACUGCAACGCGUUACUAUGGAAUGGCGCUCCGCUCAGUCCGAGAAAGCUUGAGCGAACCCACUGCCAGCGAUUACAACUGUGUCCUCGCUGCCCUGAUCGUGAUGACUCUGGCAGAGCAUGCUUUUGAGGCCGCAGGCUCUUCUCGCGGUUGGCGCACCCAUCUUGCGGGUGGACUACGUUUCAUCAUGCAUCAUCUCGCGCAGGACCGAAACCCCUGGGCUCGCGGCCACGAUGCCUGGGUCAUGACGCAGACGUUGGCCAUGUUCGCAAUCAUCGCACAGACUACCAGCAAUCACUCGAGAACGUCGACCGGUUCUUUAAGCGAGAUCAGCCACGUCCUGCACGACGCCAUGGCGCACCCACGCUUCGGUUACACAGUCGGUGGAAAUGCGCGCCUGCUCAAUGCCAUCUAUCAAGUUCGAUACCUCGAGGAGCAAAUCACCAUGGCUCGAGCCGUUCAGGAUGCCGCGGCCGACGCGCCGAUUCGCCGGGAGGCUGAAAAGAUUAUGCGAGAACUCCAUCUCAGCGCUUGUGACGACGACGUCGACACGUAUCUGAGCGGGACAGAUACAUCGUCCAAAAUGCGAGGUCAGGUCAAGAUGCAUCUUGAUUUGUUUGCCGCUUCGAUCCGGAUCUACUGUCAGAGGAAUGUGCUGCACGCCCCACCUUCCGCCGUGGUCGACUAUGUGCACCAAGUGCUGACCCUUGCAAACGCACUCAUGGAUGCUGACUGUGGUGCCGUCUUCAUCUGGCCUGUCAUGGUUGCGGCAGUGGAAGCCUACACACCCGAGUCACAGGCUCUGGCAAGGCGUUUCUUCGACCGCGCAGAGAAGCGCGGUGGCGCAAAUCGCAAAGCCAUGCACCGAGUGAUACGUCAAGUCUGGACGGAUCGAGAGCGUCUAGCAUCCGAGUGCUGUUGCGACUCGGGCGAUGUGGCCAUCGAUUGGCGCGAGGUCAUGGAGAGCCUAGGUGUAGACAUUUUGCUAUUAUAGGCACAUUGUAUCAAAU